CAGACCGUUCAUUUCAAACCGUCUUCCGUUAUAAGAGCCGGUCCCUCUUCCAGAUUUCUCUUGCGACUCUUGCGAGGUCUAGCGAUACAGCUGUUGACACGAUCGGGAAAAGCGAUCCGGCAGCGAUAAACCGUAAGGGCCUUACGAUAGGGAUACGUCGAGUUUAAACCCGAACUCCGUCGCACGAGGCACACACAAAUAUGUCAGGCGAGGGAUCGGUGAGGGGCAUCGCUGCCUUCAGCAGAAGGGAGUACGACGACCACCGGGAAGCUCUCUCGUCGAGGAAAGAGUGGCCCGGCAUCAACGUCAGGCCCGAUUCACGCGUGAUGCUGAACGUGCCGAUGCUCGUCGCGGAGCUGUACCGGCUGGUGCCCUACAAGGACGGCCGCUACGUGCACUUCCACCCGUUCAAUAUGCCCAACAUUAAAGUACGUAAGAUCGAGCUGGUCGGAACCGUUACGAAUGUCAGGCGCAAUGUCAAUGAUCUGCUUCUGACAAUUGAGGAUGGCACGGGAGUGAUGCGGGUUAAUUACAAAUUAAGCCAAUAUCUUUGCGAGUUGAAACAGCGGCAGAUGGUAGACGAGAGGUACGGGAUACAAGCUGGCAAUCUACGGACGAGCGAGGCGAAGGCGAGCCCAAAAAGUUGCCCGAAGAAGCUCCCUGCGACACGCCCGGGAUUCUCUUAUCCACGCGACGUGUCUCCGCGUGACAUAGCUGUCCUGGAGAACGAGUGGCGUUCGGAGACGAACGACGGUUUGUCGGGUAAAGAGAUCCAACCGUUCGACUACGUGUACGUCACCGGAUACCCGUGUCUCGACACGAACUUCCAAAAGAUACCGGAGCAGAUCACGACGGAGUUCAUCGAGAACGCGAGACUGACCGUCCUCGCGAUGUCCGUCGUGUGCAUCUCCGAGGAGAUGUACAAUAAAAAGUUGUUGAUGUGGAUAGGCAAGACUAUUCGCCAGAGGUACACCGACAAUAAAGGCUGUGUCACGAAAAAAUAAACAGUCAAAAGUCUGCGAAAAUUAUUUUAAGAAUGUACGACAUAUAUAUAUAUAUUUUUUAUAAAGAUUUUAAUAUAUUAAGUAUAUAUUGUUAAAUCCACGACACAUUAUUGAAUUUAUUCAAUCGUUACGUGAAUUUCCUUCAACCUCCGAGAUAUAUGAAAUUCAGUAGCAGUUUCGAUCUCCGCGCGUUAUUUUCUCGAGCACUUGUCCGCGUCUAUUUUACGUU